AAGUAAAAACAGACGGCGCAGUGGAGAGGGGGUAUAAAAGAACUUCCCCAAAUAUUAUUCCAAAAAUAGUAUGUCAGAUUUAGAAUGAUAAACCCUAUGACCCAAACAACAAAGAAGAAAUAGACCCAUCCUUAAACCCUAAUCCUCACAUUCAGCCUCCUCCUCCAUUUUCUCCACCUUCCUGAACUCCAACAAUGGCAGAAUCAAUAUCAAGAACUUACCCAGUAAAGCCUAAACUCAAACCCACUUCCUCAACUUCCUCACAACACCAAACCCCAGAAUCCAAAUACUGGAAAUCCUUCAAAACCCCCAAACAACAAUCCCCACAAUCCUUAGUUUCUUCCAUUACCUCCAUCACCUUUUCCCCUAUUUCUCCUCAUGAUUUUGCGGCUACCCAUUCCGCUACCCUCUCCAUUUUCUCCGGAAAAUCACUUGAACCCAAAACGACAAUCUCCUCCGCAUUUAAGGAUGUCGUUACGACUGCGUCGUAUCGUAGCGAUGGGAGGUUGAUUGCAGCUGGUGAUCUAUCGGGUUCCGUACAUGUUCUUGAUGUAAUGUCGCGUGUUGAGCUUAGGCGAUUGCGUGGACAUACACGGGCUGUUCGGGUUGUUAAUUACCCGAGGAUUGAUAAGCUGCAUUUGUUUAGUGGUGCGGAUGAUGGGGUUGUCAAGUAUUGGGAUGUUACUACGGAGGAGAAGAUUUGUGAUUUGUUGGGGCAUAAGGAUUAUGUGAGGUGUGGGGAUGUGUCCCCGGUGAGUGAUGAUAUGUUUGUUUCGGGGAGUUAUGAUCAUACGGUGAAGGUGUGGGAUGUGAGGGCGUUGAAUUCGGGGUAUGUGAUGGAGUUUGAUCAUGGGAAGCCGGUUGAGGAUGUGGUGUAUUUGCCUUCGGGUGGGUUAGUCGCGACGGCUGGUGGGAAUGCGGUGAAGAUUUGGGAUGUUCUUGGAGGUGGGAGGUUGGUUUAUGCGAUGGAGAGUCAUAACAAGACGGUUACGUCGAUUUGUGUGGGUAGAAUUGGGAAGGAGGGCGGUGAGGAAGCGCAGCAGUAUAGGAUUUUAAGUGUGGGGUUAGAUGGGUAUAUGAAAGUUUUUGAUUAUGGGAGGUUUAAGGUUACGCAUUCGAUGAGGUUUCCAAAUCCGUUAAUGUCUGUUGGGUUUUCGCCUGAUUGUUCUACGAGGGUGAUUGGGGCGUCGAAUGGGAUGUUGUAUAUUGGUAGGAGAAAGGUGAAGGGAAGUGAAAGUAUGGAACUUGGGGAUUUUGGUGGAUUUGGUCCGGUGGUGGAAGAGCCUCAGACGCGGGUGCUGAGGCCGUCUUAUUUUAGGUAUUUUCAGCGGGGGCAAAGUGAGAAGCCAUCCGAAUGGGAUUACUUGAUUAAGAAGCCGAAGAAGAUAAAGGUGACAGAACAUGAUAAGUUGUUGAAGAAAUUUAUGCAUAAGGAGGCUUUGUUAGCUGCUUUGAAUGGGAAGAAUCCGGAAAAUGUUGUAGCUGUUAUGGAGGAAUUGGUUGCUAGGAAGAAGUUGUUGAGAUGUGUGUCGAACUUGGAAAUUGAAGAACUUGGCUUGCUUUUGAAGUUUCUGCAGAGGUAUUCAACCAUGCCUAGAUUUUCAAGGUUUCUGAUGGGCUUGACAAAGAAAGUAGUCGAGAUGCGAGCUGAAGAUAUUAAAGCAUCAGAUGAACUGAGAGGUGACAUUAGAAAUCUUAAACGAGACGUGGAGGAGGAAAUAAGAUUGCAAUUGACAUUGCAACAGAUACAGGGCAUUGUUUCUCCUCUGCUCAAGAUUGCUGCACGGAGAUGAUAAUUGCUUAUUGUUGCCUAUCAGUUAUCCGGCUCUUCAUUUUGCUUUUCCGCAAUCAACAUUUUCCUACAAAAAGUUUUGCACAUCAGAUUGUAGUAUUCUCAAAAAGUUUUGUUCUUUUACAUAGGAUUGUUAUUUUUCGUUGAAGUUGUUAAAGUUUAUGUUUACAAUUAGGCUGAAUUGGAUUACUUUGUAUGAGUAUUUCUUUGAGCUUUAAUCUAAUCAGCUGCUCCUAAUUGGCACUAUUAGCUA